AUGGUUGACUACAAGGAACCAUAUAAUACUACUCUGCCACAGUUUAUUCCAUAUGGAGAUGGCAUUUACAGCAUCAUUCAAAAAACAGUGACAUGGUAUGAAGCAGUAAACAUGUGCUCUCAGAGUGGAGGUCAUUUGGCAAGUGUUCAUGACCCAACGGGCCAGCUCUUCCUGGAAGAUAUCGCAAAGCGGGAUGGAUUUCCACUGUGGGUUGGGCUCUCAAGUCAUGAUGGCACAGAAUCAAAUUUUGAGUGGUCUGAUGGCAGUGUGUUUGACUACAAACCAUGGAAAGAUAAACAGUCUCCUGGGAAUUGUGUUUUCUUGGAUCCAAAAGGAUUUUGGAAACAUGAAGAAUGCAGCUCUCAUAAAGAUGGUGCUAUUUGCUAUAAAUCUACAAAAUCUCCAGAGGUAUCCCCUCUUACAUACUCAUCGCGAUGCCCAGCAGUAAAAGGGAAUGGACCCCAGUGGAUCCAGUACAAGGGCCACUGUUAUGCAUCUGACCAGGCGUUGCACAGUUUCUCAGAAGCCAAACAGUUUUGUUCAGAACUUGAUCAUUCUGCAACCAUUGUUACCAUAGAGGAUGAAGAUGAGAAUAAAUUCGUGAGCAGACUGAUAAGGGAAAAUAAAAACAUUACCAUGAGAGUUUGGCUUGGAUUAUCUCAGCAUACUGCUGAUAAAUCUUGGAAUUGGUUAGAUGAAUCAAAAGUGAAAUUUGUCAAAUGGGCAAAUAAACGAAGGAGCAACGGUGGAAAAUGUAGCGUUUUGUUAGCCUCAAAUGAAACUUGGAUAAAAGCUGAAUGUUCACAUGGCUACGGACGAGUUGUCUGCAAAGUCCCUGUAGGCUCUGAUUACAGAGGAAUAUUCAUUGCUUUAACCGUGCUAAUCAUCUUAGCUCUCAUCGGCGGUCUGGUUUGGUUCCUCUUCCAAAGGAAACGUAUGCACUGGGCAGGCUUCUCUUCCGUCCGAUAUGAACAAGGAGUGAAUGAAGAUGAGAUUAUGCUUCCUUCUUUCCAGGACUAA